CUCUCUCUGUUUCUCUCUCUAUAUUUAUAUGAGAAGUGAACUUGGAAGUAUAUGCAGUCAAUGAAGAUAAGUUAAAAGAAGAAAGAAGAAGAUUAUAGUGGAAGAAAACUUGCCAAAAUCAACAAAAGAAAAGUGGAGUCCAAGAUUGACGAGUUGUGGAUUCAUGGACAAAAAAACAAAAGAUCAGACAUGACAUGGUGCAAUAAUACAGAUGAUGAGGAUGACGACCACGAUCAUGAUCCACCAAUUUCAUCCAAUUCCAAAAUACAACAACAAAUCAGAACAAUUAGCUGCCCUUCAUGUGGCUUUAUCAUUCAUUAUCAAGAUGAUCAGGGUGGUAUUAGUGAUUUGCCUGGGCUGCCGGCUGGAGUGAAAUUCGAUCCGACGGAUCAAGAAAUUCUGGAGCAUUUAGAGGCCAAGGUUUUAUCGGAUGUGCGAAAACUUCAUCCUUUAAUUGAUGAAUUUAUUCCUACAUUAAAAGGAGAAAAUGGAAUUUGCUAUACUCAUCCAGGGAGGCUACCAGGAGUAAGCAAAGAUGGACAAAUCCGACACUUCUUCCACCGACCUUCAAAAGCAUACACAACGGGAACAAGGAAACGAAGAAAGGUACACAACAAUGAGGAAGAUGGAAGCGAAACAAGAUGGCAUAAAACCGGGAAGACGAGGCCAGUUUUGGUUGAUGGAGUCAUAAAGGGUUUCAAAAAGAUUUUAGUCCUCUACACCAAUUAUGGCCGGCAACGAAAGCCGGAGAAGACAAAUUGGGUAAUGCACCAAUACCAUCUUGGCAACAAUGAAGAAGAAAAAGAUGGUGAGUUGGUUCUCUCAAAAGUUUUCUACCAAACACAGCCUAGACAUUGUGGUUCAAGUUCAACAACGUCCGUUAUUAAAGAUUUGGUAAUUAAUAAUUUCGAAUCAGGAUCAGUGAAAAGAAGAAUCUUAACUACUGAACUUCUGCAUGUUCAAGAUGAUAGAAACAUUACUACUAGUGCAACUUUGGUUGACUUUUAUAAUAAUCCACCACCUUUCAUUGCUUAUGAUCAUGGAAGCUGCCAUAGAAACACAGAAAGCUCACCUCAUGAUUUGAUCCCUAAUUUGGUUGUUCAAGGUGACAAUGGCUCCUCCUUUAUUAACCCAUUUUCUUCUGAUACAAGCAAAGCCAGGCUUCAAAGAAACUAG